UGCUGAGUAUGAAUUUUCUUUGAUUAAUCCCUCACAAAAAGAAAAGGAAAACUUUGAUUAAAACUCUUUUUAAAUUUUGAUUUUUGAAAUUUGAAUUUUGUGGCCCACUAGCCUCAGUAUUUCAGCAAUAUCCCUGGUUCUGGGUUAUUCCCCAAUUGACCAUACACAAGUUUUUGAUUUGACAUCAGAAAAUCACCAUGUCAACAACACUCAGGGUCAGAAUAGAAAACAGAGUGAUAACUUCAACUGUAAUCAACACCAUAACUCAACUCGAUGAAACCCUGAGAAACUUCCUAUCAACCAUCAACCAAAACCCCAACAACUCAAAACAUGUUAUAGGAUUAGACAUAGAAAAACACUUCACUAGUGAUGGUAGUAAUCAAGUUGCUGAAAAGGUUGCCAUUGUGAAGCUCUGUUUCGGCACAAGUUGUCUCAUCAUCCAAUUACUCCAUAUAAAAGAACCACCUUGUUCUUUAUCCGAGUUCUUCCAACUCCAAGAGUUAUCCUUUGUUGGUGUUGGGAUAAAACGAUGCGUUGAAGCUUUGAACAGGGAUUAUGGGAUUAAUUGUAGGAAUGUUGUUGAUUUGGGUGAGCUUGCUGCAGAUGUUAAGGAGAUGCCGAGUUAUAGAUGGUUUGGGUUGCUGGAUUUGUGUAGCAAAGUUUGUGUAUCGUUUGAUUUGAAUGAUAAUUCUUGGUGUAAUAAAAGUGCUGAAACUUUGGGUAGUUGGGGUGGUGAAAUACUGAGUAAAAGACAGAUAGUUUCUGCUACUUGGGGUGCUUUUUUAUGCUUCUGUGUUGGUAACCAAUUGUUUGGUGGGUCUUUGCCCGACCCGGAAGACAGCGCCCGUGACCUCAAAUAGUUCCUACUCCAUUAAUGGGGUUGAAGAUCGAACUGAUGGUUUGCUUAAUCUAUGUAUUAUUAUGCAAUUUAAGAUUAGUAGUUGUGAUAAUGUGAUGUGUUUGUGUAACUUAUUAUGAGUAAUUUGGAUGUAGCUCUGAUUACUGAGUUUGAUGCUUUUGUAUUGGCAAGAACAUAGUAUUUGUUAAGAUCAGAGAUUAUUGUGUUUGAAUUUUCUGUUUCUGGGGAAGUAGUCAAUGUAGAAAAUGGGUCAGAUUUUGAUGUAAUCUACCAUAGUUGAUGCUGAUCUAUUGCUUCCAAACGAGUACUAAAUCUAAUUGCGGUUUUAUUGAGAUA